UCCAGGUUACCCCAUCUGUUCAUUUGCAUGCUUGAUUGAGCCCGUCAUGUAGUUCGUUUUCUUUUUUUUAUUGAUCAACAUUUUGUGGGGAACAAUUGCAGACAUGGAGAAUGUAAUAUGCAAGAUGCUGGCCUUCGAUUUCCACCAUUGUCAGCUCAAUAGCAAGAUGAUCGUUUGAUGUUAUCGCUUCGUGUGAGGAUCAAUAAAGAAAAUCGACCGUGUUUAUGCCAUGGUCAGACUCAUUCAGAGGGUCUUGUCAAAAGAUUUCUGGGAGAAACAAGAAACUGCGAGUUUGCCAGAUUCACAGUCAGUGACAGUUGUGGAACACGGCGCUCAGCCAGCACAUCGUCAACAAAAACCCAACUGAUUUUAACUUAGUUCGUCGGAUAGAUACGAAUGUUAGCGAACUAUGGAGAUGGGUGAUUGAAUCACAGAAAUCAUGGCAUCCCCCAGGGAGAGCAGCCCCAGUAACCAUGGCAACCAGCAGGUUGGUACAGCAGUGAAGACUGCCAUAAAAGCUGUGGCCGCCAUGUCAGUAAAAUCCAAGGAUGACGACAAGAAACUAGAGAAAAAGCCUUCUAACACUGUAGCAUCUAGCGGUGGCGUCGUGACCUUUGGGGUCAAACUUGAGAGUCGACUCAAUAUCAAAGACCUGCAGCAUUUGAAGAAAGCAUUUAUGGCACAUGGUGAUGGCUACAAUAAUCGGCUCAGUGUUGAGAAGGACGAUUUUUGCAACCUUCUGGAUCGGAUCUUGACCAAAGGAAACCCAGAGGAGUAUGCAGAUCUAUUUGACAAGAUCGAUGUCACAAAGGAGGGCAAAGUCGACUGGGACAAGAUUGCCUCCCAUUUGCUGCUGGAGUAUGUUGAGAAAGAUGACAGAGUCAAAUCAACUCAGGUCCCCCAGUGGAAGGACAUUAAGAUGUUACCCAGCCCACACAAGGACAUAUUACAGAAAAUGGCUUUCCUGAAGAACAGUGGCCGUUACAUUGCAAUCAGCAAGGAAGGAGGGAUAUCGACAUGGGAUACCAGACUUCACCUCAUGAAAUCCAUCAGAAUAAACAAUGAUGCAGUGAAGCCCAGAGAUAUGUGGGUGACCACUUUCGUUGUGUUGCAGAACAUCAACAAGAUAGCCCUGGCGUUCACAAGCAAAGAAAUCGUUUUCUACGAUUUGAGUUCCAAGCUUGAGUUCAACUGCCAGUACAGAGUCUAUGGCCUGGAGCACACUCCACUAAGCAUGGAUCAUUGGAGUAACCCCAACAACUCUAAUGAAGCAAUUAUCGUAAUGGGAGACACAGGCGGUAACGUCAACGCCUUCGUGUUUACAUCGGCCAUCAUAGCGUUGUUUGACAGGCCCCAGCAAACAGCGGGGGAGGGACAAGAGCAAGUCGUGAAUGUAAACUUCAAGCAUCUACUGAAAGACAGAUUCAAGUAUUGUCGGUUGGUGCGGCAUAGUGGCCACCAGGAAUGGGCCAGACAAGUGAAAUACGCUCUACAUUUAGAUUGCUUCAUAUCUUGCUCCACCACCUACGAGAAUGCUAUGGUGCUGGGCUGGAUUGAGAAGGCUAGACAGAAAAUGAAAACGAGUUCUUUCAACAUUGCUCAAGGAGUCAAUGCCUUUGAUUACCACGAAGUGCUCAAUCUUAUUGCUACAGCAGGCGUUAAUCACCAUGUGUGUUUAUGGAAUCCCUACGUUGUCUCCAAACCAGUCGGGUUGUUGCGAGGUCACAUGGCCCCUGUCAUGCAUGUACAGUUCAACCAUCGCAGGGGUCAGCUCAUCAGUUUCUCUAAGGACAAAGUGCUGAGGAUCUGGGAUGUACAGCUGCAAGUCUGUCUGCAGAGAAUUGCUGGGACGUUCCCUAAAGGACCCGACUUGACCACGCACAUGUUCUUUCACGAAGACCGCAAUCGUCUCUUCAUGGCUUUCAACUACCAGAUGGCCUUACUGGAAAUGAAGAAGGAAGUGAAGGAUCGCGUCUUGAGCCACGAUAAGCCCAUCACCUGUGCCAUCUAUAGCUCUACCUUCAAUCAGGUUGUGAGUGCGUGUCAAGGGUCAACUGUCAAUAUGUGGCUGCUGGAUACAGGUCAAAAGGUCAAACAGUUCAUCAAUUGUCAUGGCAACUCAGAAAUCACUACGUUGGCCCUGGAUCACAGCGAGACGAGGCUGUUCACCGGAAGCACAGACGGGACUGUUAAGGUGUGGGAUUUCAAUGGUCAUUGUCACCACACUCUGAAUGCCGGCAUGGGGGAACCGGCUGACAUCUCACAGAUUGUGGUCCUCAAGAGAAACUUUAUUGUGAUCGGUUGGAACAGAUAUAUCACGGUCUUCAGAAAUCAGCAACUCAUUCAGUUUCAUGUCCAGCCCUCUGAGUGGAAGGGAGGUCAGGAGCAUCAUGAUGACAUCUUAGCGGCAGCAUUCACUGCCCCGCACACCCUGGCCACUGCCAGCUACGAUGGGGAGAUCAUCAUAUGGAAUUCAGGGUCAGAGGUCGCCUCUAGGCGUCUGCGCCAGCGAUACCUGAAGAAGGUCGUCAAGUCCAGAGCCGGCACUCGAUUGGGUUUGAAGAAGGAAGGCACCACAGUUUCCGGCACUGCAUCCCAGCCGUCCGUAUCCCCUCGGCAGUUAGAAUCACAGAGCCUGACCUCAGCACUGUCUAGACCCCCUGGUGCGGUAGCCGACGGGACGGAGGGGAGCAAGCCGCAGAGGCCUACUUCUAGAGGCAGUGAUGCUAGCGAAGAUGAACAGAAUGAUUACAUCAUCACUCGCCUGGUUUUCCUGGAUGCUAGGAAGGGUCAGUCAGCAUCCGGGGGUGCCAACCUUGUAUCCUGCGGCGGGAAUGGUUGGGUCCGAUUCUGGAACACUGCCAAGAACUCACUGCUGGCCGAGUACAUCGCGCAUAAGCAUGUGUCCUUUGUUGUCAUGGCCGUGAGUGAAGACAACCACAUGUUGGUGACAGGAGACACGGACGGCGCUAUCAAAGUGUGGAACAUCCAGGAAUACUGUGUUCUACAUCCAGAAACCAUCAUUACAGAACCCCCACCUCUGGUUGCUUCCUGGCAGCCCCAUGCCGAUAUGAUCAACAGCCUCCUGGUCUGUGAGAGGAACGAUCGUACACUAAUCAUCUCAGCAUCCACAGACUGUAGCGUGCAGGUGUGGGACAUCUAUGGUAUAUGCAUCGGCACAUUUGGCCAGGAGGACCACUGGAAGAUCGAGCCCUACUGCCCGCCCCCGGAACCCCACCCAGAGGAUGAGGCCGAGCAUUCAGACAGCGGGGAGUCCUACAGCGGUGAGGCCCUAGAUGCUACCCAAGAUGAGAUGACAGAAGAGAUGCUGGAGAUCUUGAUGGAUCCGAUGACCAAGGUCAACACUUGGGAGAAGACUAGGCUUGGCAAGGAGUACCAAGAAGUUAGAAGCAAGAAACGUGAGCGCAAGCAGCCAGGGACUAUCCCUGAGCUGCCGUAUCUCCACUGGGAGAAGAUUCCUGCUGGGCCUGCACCGAUGGGCAACCCAGCUGGGGGGCCGUUUGCACAGCCUCCUGACAAGAUGGUACUUCCCAUGUGGACCCAGGCCUUGACAGUACCAGAGUUGGAUGACGUCGGAACGCUAAGGAAACCAGAUUUCAUCACCCAUCCCCACCGGUACUUCCGCGAUCGGGAAGACAUGAACAAUGUCAAAGUGCUGGACAAAGAACCAGAGGAAAUGUUCAAUCUGAAGAAUGCUUACGAUGAGCGGAGCCUCUUCCCAAAGUACAUCCUGGAGUUUGAAGCCCGCAUGAAGACCCAGCACAAGGAGGAGCUAGAAGCCAUGGGGGGCGGGCAGGCGGCAGGCAAGGGCCGGCAGAACACCAACCGACGGCUCAAAGCCUGGUCCAUGAUUGCUAGUCAAAGUAACUCAGUGGCUGGUAUGAUAAAUGGCUCGCAGGGGGGCGGGGCUAAAGGUGGAGGUGGAGGAGGGGGAAAUGGACAUCAUGCCCGGCCCGUCCGGUUGUCUCCCUUACCAGAGGGGAAGCGACCCAAACCCCACGAAAGUAUGUGAAACAAAUACUGUGACAGACCAUCACAAGAACACUGUGUGUUAAAACUUAGGCCAUUUAUGAGCCCCUAAUUACAUCAUUCCUGGCCUGACCACCUUUCCCCUAACCAGAGGGGAAACCCCACAAAAGCAUGUGAGACAAAUACUGUGACAGACCCUCUCAUAUGCUGUUAAAGUUGAGGCCUUUUAUGAGUCCAAAUACAUUUAUACUGAAAUAAAAUGCAGUAAAUAUAAAGCCUGAAAAGAAAUCAUCAUUUAGUCAUCAGUCAAUGUAUAGCAUUGGUACUUAAGAUUGAUUCCUACUGUACCACUUUGUAUUCCAACAAGUUUGGCCAGUCAGUGCACAAAUUUCAUCCAGAAAAACGUACUUUGUUUAACAAAUUCUAUCAGCACAAAUCCUUUUGCACAACUCGCCAUUUCAAAAAAGAAAAUUCUAACAGGUGUUUUUUUUAGCACUAGUUUCUAUUAUGUGUCAUUUCACAUUAUUAUUUCUGGAGUGUUAAUCCGAAGGUCGCAGGUUCAAACCCAAUUUCUUUGUUUAAUCCAUUUAAAAUUAUUAUAAUGCACCUUGUCAGUUGCCUUCGUCUUCUAUUUGGGAGAAAAAUAAAUAAACCAUACAAAAUCACAUUUAGAUAAUAUUUGAUUAACAUAACAUUUACCUAUUGCACUCAUUUCAACUAUUUUAAACCAAUCACUUGGCAAUCUUGGCAAUCUUGGCAACCAGAGUAAAAAAACUAUUACCAUCAAGUUCCCAUAGUGAUAAUAAUCAUCAAAAUCACCCUCCUCCAUUUCCUCCACCACUCCAUGCUCCGCCCACAUUCAGCACGGCACCUGAGCUACAUUCACUAUGGCCAUCAUGGACGUUGGUUAUGAUCUAACAAUAUGUACAAAUAUUGACUGGCAGGGAAGUCAUUAGUGCACGUCUAUGCACACUGAGGGAAUGUGAGUGACCAAAAGAGGGUUCUAGUACAAGGCCAAAGGCUGAGGAAAUAGAACAAGUUGUCACAGCCUCGAGGGGG